CAGCAACAGCAGCACCAACAACAGCAACAAGAAGGCUUUUAUAAAGGGCGCUUAAGUAUCAACGAUUGAAACACAUAACCAGGGCUGCUAGCGUGUUUCAGGUACCAUUUACAUCUGAAGAAGAUACGAAAGGACAGUUGAAGGUAGGAGUUUGUUACCGCUGUGUACAUUUAGUUCUACCCUUCAGGAAAAAAAACAAACAACUGACCCCCCCCCCUGGAGAAAGGACGGGACAGAGAGACGACAACAGAAACAAUUUGAAGAUCACAUAUAUAUGACAUGGAACAACCAAACCAACCAAGUGCCACAUCUGGUCAUCACGGGUCUGUAAGUGCGACAGUUAAGGAUUGCCACGAUCAUGACGUUACUGUUGAGUAUGAGACUCCACAAAACAUUGGGCAUGGCUCAUUUGGAACUGUUUCGAAAUGCCAGCUGAUUUCGCCAACGAAUACCACAAUCGCCAUCAAACGUGUUCUCCAGGACAAGAGGUUCAAGAACAGAGAGCUACAGAUCAUGAAAUCUUUGGACAAUCCGAACGUCACCAGACUGUUCUAUUACUCAUACGAUAACGAUACCGCAACUAAUUCUGCAAACAACUUGUAUUUGAACCUGAUUAUGGAGUAUUUACCAACCACGUUGUACAAGCGUAAUCAAUUCUUUACAAUGAGGAAGCUGAACAUGCCAUUACAAGAGGUUCGAAACUACAUGUUUCACAUUCUGGGAGCGCUGGAGUACCUCCAUUCCAGAUCGAUAUGCCAUAGAGACAUCAAACCCCAAAACAUCCUCGUUGAUCACCAACAAGGUAUAGCGAAGAUCUGCGACUUUGGAUCUGCAAAGAUCCUCUCACCAAGCGAGCAGAAUGUCUCUUACAUAUGUUCUCGUUAUUACAGAGCUCCGGAGUUGAUCUUUGGUGCCACCAACUAUACCACAAAGAUUGACAUGUGGUCCACCGGGUGUGUCUUUGCAGAGCUACUUAUAGGACAACCUCUGUUCCCGGGUGAAAGUGGUAUUGACCAACUCGUGGAGAUCAUCAAGAUUCUGGGAACACCAACAACCGAUGACAUAAUGGCCAUGAACAACAACUACAUUGACCAUAAAUUCCCCCUCAUCAAGAAGAUCCCUCUCUCGAGGAUCUUUAAGAACCUGAACAACGCAAACGACAUCCACGUAUUGAAUUUCUUAGAAAAAUUCCUGCUAUUCAAUCCAAAUACGAGAGUCAGCGCUACAGAGGCAUUACAGGACGGUUGGUUUGAAGGGUUAAAGUGAUGAGUGCUUUGUAUUUGUUCUCCCGACUCUUUGACGUUUCAACAUGACCGGUCUUACUGACCCUUGUUAUAAUAUUACUAUACAGUAUAACGUUCUUGCGA